CGAGGCCGGGCUGGAAAAAGGGAUGGGCACCGAGCCCUGCCUGGCAUCCCUCACAUGAGGCUGGGAUGCUCUGGAGGACCCCGUGCCCAUCAGCGGGGUGCAGAGCUGAGGCUGAGCACUUUGUGGUGCCCUCUGCGUGGCAAAAAGAGCUGAGACAGUGGCCAGCAUCGUAACGGGUCCCAGACACCUCCCUAGGGCACUUUCUAUGGGCGACCCCAUCCCCCAGCACCCCAAACCCAGCAGGGGGGGAGCUGGGGGACACCGUGUGCCUCGUCCCCCUCCUCCGUCAGCUGGAGGAGCUUUCCUGGAAGGGCGACGCUGUGCGGCGUUGCUCAACGCCCCUUCCGCUGCCCGCGGCACCCAGGAGGGGGGAAAGCACCCUAUAAAUGCUCCUGUCCCCCAGUUCCUCCCCAGUUUGCAGAAGAGGCCGAGGAGGAAGCGAGCGGCGCGGAGCCAGGCUGUUCCCUCACAGUUAAGAAGAAGAGCCGAAUUAAACUGACCCACGAGCAUUGCCAGGGGAGCACCUCCACCAGACGCCGCUGUCCUACGUCCCCGAGCCCUCUGCUGCGAGCAUGGACAUCGUGGAGAGGGUCCUCUGCGUGGCCCAGGCCAUCCACAGCCAGUUCGAGCACGUCAAGUGCUGCAAGCACCAGUGCCAGCGCCUGGUGGAGCGCAUCCAGAUCCUGCUGGAGCCCGUGCGGAUCCUGCAAGCCCAGCCAUGGUGGCACAUCUCCCACCACGAGGAGCAGAUGCUGAAGAAGCUGCUGCAGGCGCUGGAGGAGGCGCAGAAGCUGGUGACCAAGUACAGCCAGGCCAGCUGGAUCCAGAAGUUCCUGAGCGCCCGCAGCAGCGGCGAGGAGUUCGUCUGGGUGAACGAGAGCCUGGAGGACGUGGCCCAGGGGCUCUCGCUGCUGCUGCAGGCGGAGCAGAAGCAGGCUUUCCUGGCGGCCUUUCAGUCAAAAACCUGCCGCAGGCAGGAUGCCGAGGAUCUGAGGGAUGACAGGGCUUUCCUGGACCAGGUGCUUGCGAGUACCGAAGAGCCCAGAGAUGGGGCCAGGGAGAUCUACAUGGACAGGCAGUGCAUGGAGGACAAGGUGGACUGGAUGCAGAGCGAGCUGAGCAAAAUCGUGCGCGUGAUGGACAGUUUGAAGAAGGUCAACGUUGGUAAAAGAGAAGAUAUCACCGAGAUCGAGAGGGACCAGCUCACCUUCUACAGGCACCUGCAGGACACCGAGCGCUACGACCUCUAUGAGGGAGAAUAUCUCAAGUACCCUGUGGCCAUCAAAACCUUCAAGAGGCCGCUGACCACCGACACGACGAAGGUGAGGGACAUCUUCGAGAAGGAAAUUCAGACCCUGAAGAAGUUCGAGUCUCCGAACAUCCUGCGCAUGUACGGGAUCUGCAUUGAGGAGAAAGACGGGAGCCCCUGCUUCUCCAUCGUCAUGGAGUACUGCAAGCACGGGACGCUGAGGGAGGUGCUGACCAAGCAGUGCCACCUCUCCUGGGAGAUCCGCAUUCGCAUGGCCCUGGGAGCCGCCAGGGGUCUUUACAGGUUGCACCAGACGGAGGAGAAGUCCCGACUGCACGGCUGCAUCUGCAGCAACAAGUUCCUGGUGGCUGGAGAUUACUGCGUGAAGCUGUCGGGAUUUGAGCUGUGUGAAACAGAGUCCUCCAUCAAGAGGAAAGCCAAAAAGAACUGGAACCAAGUGUCUAUGUUGGCUUAUGUUGCCCCCGAGAACCUGAAGGACAUCUACUACCCCUACAAGAGGUCCUGUGAAAUAUACAGCUUCGGGAUCGUGCUGUGGGAGAUUGCAACCUCCAAAAUCCCAUUUGAAGGCUGCUCCCUCCAGGAGAUGAGAGACAAAAUCUGCGACCACCAGUACCAGGACCCCGUUGGGGAUGAUUGUCCCGAAGAGCUGAGGAAAAUCAUCGAUGAGUGCCGGGCCUUUGACCCAUCCCAGCGCCCGUGUGCUGAGCGGAUCGUGGACUCGCUGGCGGCCCUGGAGAAGAGCAGGAGCCAGGGGAGAUGACUGCGGGGGACCCACGGAGCCCAGCGCCCUGCCCCUUCCCCGUGUUUGCGAGUGUCCGUGGCUCAACACGCAUUUAUUGGUGUA